GAUCGGCUUCCUGUAUUUAAGGCCCGCUCUACCUGUUCUUCGUUUCAACUCUUCUCCCCUCAACUCCAAACCAACGCCUCCCAUAAAUCCAACCACUCGAGGUCACUCUCUGCUGGCCUCUCUGCCUCUGCCCAACAAGAUAGAGAGCCGCCGGCCUGCAGGUUGCAUCCGGCCAUGGCGGCGCCAUCAUCAUCAUCGCCACAACCACCACGGCGAACCGCCCUACUACCAGUCCUGCUGCUGGUGGUGGUGUCUCUCCUCCUCCUCUCCGUCGUCGCUGGCCACGCCGCCGCAGCGAGAGUAGUGGUGGCGGCUGAAGCGAGCUCGAGAAGCCAAGAGCAGCGGUACAGAGAUGUUGUGGUGUCCGAGGAGAAGGAGCCGAGCUUCGCGGGGGGCGACGACGAGCGAUGUGGCGGCGGCGCCGCCACCGGAGGGGGAGAAGAAGAAGCAGGAGAGGAGGACGAGGAGGAGUGCCUGAUGAGGAGGACGCUGGUGGCGCACACCGACUACAUCUACACCCAGGGAGGAGGCCACAACUAGCAACUAGCCAGCAUCAGUAGGUACAGACAGCUCGCCGUACCAGGUUGUAGUGUGCUCGAUCCGUGCAUAUUGCGCGGCUCUGUGUUGUCUUCGUUAUUGAUCGAUCGAGUGAAUAUAUAUAUAUAUAUAUAUAUAUAUAUAUAUAUGCAUCAUACAUGUAUAUGUAAGCUGCGGCUUUUCUUCGAAUUGGUUCCAGUUUGAUUAUUGGUGUUGUCGAUCGACUCGAUGAUCUGAUGUAGUACGAGCUUCGCAGUUGGUGAACGAACGAACUUGAUUGCA